UCAAAUUCGGUUCGUCGCAAUCGGUCGUUCGAUUGCGUUUUUUGAUGCGCUGUUUUUCGUUCGUGAGAUGUGUUGUUGUUACUGGCUGCUGGAGUGAAAUUUUUGGAUUUUCAUUGAAAGCAAAAAGUGCUGUGACUGUGUAAUUUAACGAGUUUGCUGUUUUUGAAAAGGUUUUGAUUCCCGUUACUGGAGGAUCACUUUAAAGAAGGGGUCAAAUAUUGUCGAACGUGAAGCCAAGCACACCGGAUAGAACCGGACCACAGAAAGAGGACUCCCCCAGAGUGGUUGUUGUUUUUGUUAUUGCUGUUAUUGUUGAAAGUUGUAGUUCGCGCCUCGAUUACGAUUUCGCGCGUAACUUUCCGUGCCCCGGUGCAAAACUAGGCCGCAACCGAUUGUUGUCGUCGUAUCAGCCCGAGUAACUCGGUGUGUUUGUGUAGCGACGCUUUAGUGUUUGCUUGCUUGCUGUAUGUCAACGACGACGGUUCUUCCAGAACAACAGCAGCAGCAGCCAACAAUAGACCCUGAUCCGGAAGAUAGCAACAGCAACAGCACCAGCCCAGCGAACGGUAGAAUGUCGCGCAAGCGGCCACGAGAGUCAGUUCUGACUAGUUCGGCUCCCCAGUCUGUCGUCGGUGUUUCGUCGUCGUCGCGCAGUGAAGAUUCGGUUGCCAUCGGUAUGCCGCUCGAUUCCGGAAAUGAGGAUGUUUCGUCGAGUGGUGGUGAACGACAGGCAACAAACGGAAACGGUGUUAAUCGAAACGGUGUCAGUGGGGUUGUGGUGGUAAAUGGGACGGCAGGGUCGUCGUCGUCGUCGUCUGGGGCCAGCAGUGUUACCAGCAAACGUUUCAGCAGUAUCCGUAUUGAGGAUGACGGCAUGGAGACGGAAAGGAGCGAUAGCAGCUGGCCGCCGCAUCAGGACAGCAUAAGGAACGGCCAUGUAAAUAUCGACACUGAUUCAAUAGCAUCAUCGUCAUCAUCAGCCAGGCCAGCUUCGUCAGUGCCACCGCUAUCCUCCAAUCAGCUGGGCAGCGGCGUCGAGCACAGUCCCCUGGUGAUUGAUUCUGAUGACCAACACGUGAUCCAUGAUCUGAUGUUUAGUAAACUACUCGUUUAA